GGUAAAUUGUUGUUGCGUCACUAUUAAUUUAGGGUUUCCCAGUUCGUCCACUCGUGCAUACUAUUAUACUGUUUUAUAAGUUUUUAGCGACUACGAGGUAGUUUAUUACUUAUUAAAGAUAUACAUACACAAAAGUCGUAGAAAUUGAUGUUAUUCACUGUCCGAUGGCCGACCAACCACAAAUACAGACGCAAGCGUCUAUGAAAAUAAAAGCAAAAGCUCAUAAUAUGUCCACAAAGCCAGAAAGUGAUGCAGCAGCUGCUUUAAGAGCAGAAUUAGAAAUCGAAUUGCAAAAUAAAAAACAAUGCUCUUAUGAAACUUACGAGUGUACCCAGCUUACUUUGGAUGGUUUCAAGUACUGUUCUAAACAUAUUCUUCAGGACAAAAAUGCACCUUUUAAACAAUGUUCAUUCGUAUACACCAACAACGGGAAAAGAUGCCACUUGCCUGCACCUAGAGGAGAUAAAAAAGAUUAUGGAUAUUGUAAUGAACAUGCCUUAAAAGCUACAUUGUCAAGAAAUAAACAAAAUUCUAAAUAUCCUCCACCGAAUACAGCAGAAGUUUUAUUGCAGUCUUUGUCUCAUUAUGUUAAAAAACCACGUAAUCGAGCAACAUAUCCACCCAAUGCUCAACACACCGAUGAAGGAGAUAGAACAAUAUUAGAUGAUGUGGGAGAAGCAAAAGUUACUAAAAGUUUGGAUCCAUUCAUGGAUCUUGAUGCCAGUAGUAUUUAUAACAAACAGUGCAGUGACGUUUUGGAUUUUUGUAGCGAAUCAGAAAGUGAUGUUGAGGCAUCAACAUUUGCAUCAGUCUGGCACGAUGCCCAGGGUGACAGUUCUGAUAAUGAAAGUAUCGAUUCUGAACAAGAAGAUGUAUUAAAGCAUGCGAAUGUUUACACAGCUGAAGAAAUUACUCUAGUUACUAGAGAUAAACUAAUAAGGCUGCAGUCUUUAUACAUUGAGCAAUAUCGUCAUUUACAGCAUAUGUUGAGAGAGAAAAGAAAAAAGUUUCUUCAUUCUUUAAAAAGGGAAAAGGAAACAUGUUGUAAUAUUUAUAACCAAGUUCGUGACAAUCCCAAAGAACAGAGGCUAUAUAAGAAAUUAAAGGCUUACAAUAAUUAUCAUAAAGCAUAUGGCGUUGAUGCUAUACUGAAUAAAAGAUUACGAGAUUUAAGGGCAAAGAUUACUGACGGGGUUGCUCCCAAGGGACACAGUUAUUCAAAAUGUUUAUUUACUGAAGGCGGAGUAAAAUGUGGGGAAAGAACAUUGCCUCUGGCUAGGCAUUGUCGAAAACAUAUAUUAGAGGAUCCAAAUCAGGUGUUGUUUAAAGCUUGCGGUAAAAUUAAUGGUGAUGUGGAAUGUAAUACUCCAAUCGAAGCCAUUUUUGAUGAUUCAAUGUGUCGUUUACACAUGGAUAUACCACCUUUACGGUCGUAUAAUCAACCUAGAAAAGACUCUGAAUCGGAUCCUGAUGACUCUGCCGAAGCCGUAUCACAUUUUCCUCUUUUUAAUGAAAGUGUCAAGACCGAACUGAUAGAUUAUAGUUUAUCCCAAGAAAUUCCUAAAAUGGAAACGGUACCUUCCAUGUUAUUCGAAGAAACCCAGAGCAUGGUAACGGACAGUCAAGAUCAAGCAAGAAAUUCCCCUCUUCCACCUGAAAUGUUAUUCAAUGGGAUGGCUGAACCCAUGAAUAUAGUGGACGAUUUAUCUAACAUUUCAAAAUCAAAUGAUGAAGAAAUUAAAAUGGAUAGUAGUCAGAUAACAUGCGGAUAUGAGCAAGAGCAGAUCUCGCAUAAUUUGGAUUUAGAAGAAAACCCCCUUUUGGAUGAGAGCGAAGUUAAACCAAAUUUAGAAAACAGUCAAAUAAACAUCGAAAUGGAAAAUGCGUUGGAUGAAUUAAGUGAUACUCAUGUGGAAGUUAAGCAAGAUAAUGAACUUGGAAGUAAGGAACUUAUAGGCGAUGAUAUAGAUACGAAAGUGUCAGAGGAGAAAGAUACCAGUUUGGGAGAAUGUAAUGAAGUUAAUGCGAUUCCAGAGAUGGAGGAUUUAAAUAUUGAUAAAUCAGAGAAUUUAUUAGAACAGUCUUAAAAUGGACGAAAACUGAGUUAUUAAUAGUUUGUAGUUUUUGAAUUUAUGUUAAAUUAAGUUUUUUA